AUGUCUUUCUGGGAUACAGAAGAUGCGCAGGAUCCAAUUUCUGAGCUUCUUGAGAAGUCAGAUCUUACUGUCGUUGACUUGUUCAAUGAAGGAUCUAUGCUUCAAGAAUUAAGAACUAAUAAUGAGCAUCUUAUUGAAUAUUACGCCAAAGAAGAUGUCAUUAAGGAACUUUGCGACUGGUCUUUUACAACGAAAUUCCAAGACAACGAAUCUUUCGAUAAAUAUUCACGCAUUGCCACUGAAGUUUUCACAUGCGCAAGUACUGUUUCUAAUGGAUUUAUCAAUUCUCCAUACUUGAAAGACUUUUUCACAAAACAGCUCCUGUCAAAGGAUGACUGGGAUCCAGGAUGCGCUGGCCAUUUCCAGAGAGUUUUCUUACAUUUGACAAAUGUAUCAAAAGGCGAAUAUCUUUCACGUUAUGGGAAUCUUAUUCCUAAUCUAAUCCACCAUAUCAGCACUCUCGCUAUCACAGAAUUAGUUGUUAUGCUUACAAAUCAAUAUUAUUCAAGUUUCUGUCCAAACGGUGAAUUAGUCACAGCAUUAAGCGAUUACCUCAUUACAGAUAAUGCAGAUGUUGUUUCUGCCGUAUACGCAUUACGCCAACUCUUCAAUUUGGGCUGGGAAAAUGCAGAUAUUCAGAAAGACUUAACAUCCGAUUCUCUCAUCGCUAAUUUAAUCCAGGCAUCAAAGACAUCGAAAGUACGAUUAGGCCAGAUCGAAUGCAUGAGAUUACUUAGAGAUAUAUCUAAUAAGAACGAACUCGCCUUGAUUUUCCGCAGAGGCGACGUUGGCGAUGUUCCAACUGCAGACUGCGCUUCCAGUGCUCUCGCAACAAGCGUAAAAGGCAUAACUCUCGAAGAUUCUUUGAAAGGAGCCAUCGGAACACCACAUUGGCAGAUCGCUAACGCUUAUCUUAAGAUCAUUACAAUCGCAGCUCCAGAGGACAUUUUUGAAAUCGUCAAAUCAAAUAAUAUUGUUUCACAAUUAGCUGCAAUUCCAAAGGAGAACUUAAACCCAUUCCAGCUCGAAGUCAUUCGCAUUUUAUUCAAGAAAGCUGAAGAAUUCCAAUUCGAUUUAUCACCUUUACAAGAAGUUAAGGAAACCGCUGACAAAUUAUGGAACCAAUAUGGUGGACCAUUGCCUAUCGGUGGAGCCGUGGAUGUGAAACUUAAUGCUGAAUAA